CGUCCUGUCACCUCCCGCUCUUGUUAUGGUCCCGGCCAGUGGUUUGUAAGUUGGCAGCCUAGGCUCCGGACGCGGCCCUGGUCCUGAUGGCGGCGGCGACGGCCUUAACAGCGGCCGACCCCCCUCCUGCGAUGCCUCAGGCGGCAGGGGCCGGAGGGCCCACUGCCCGCCGAGACUUCUACUGGCUGCGCUCCUUUCUGGCCGGAGGUAUUGCUGGAUGCUGUGCCAAAACAACAGUUGCUCCUUUGGAUCGAGUAAAGGUUUUAUUACAAGCUCAUAAUCAUCAUUACAAACAUUUAGGAGUAUUUUCUGCAUUGCGUGCUGUUCCCCAAAAGGAAGGAUACCUUGGAUUGUAUAAAGGAAAUGGUGCAAUGAUGAUUCGAAUCUUUCCCUAUGGCGCGAUUCAGUUUAUGGCAUUUGAGCAUUAUAAAAUGUUAAUUACUACGAAACUGGGAAUUUCUGGUCAUGUGCACAGAUUAAUGGCUGGAUCCAUGGCUGGUAUGACAGCAGUUAUCUGUACUUACCCUCUUGAUAUGGUUAGAGUACGCCUAGCAUUCCAGGUGAAAGGGGAGCAUACCUAUACAGGAAUUAUUCAUGCAUUCAAAACAAUUUAUGCACAGGAAGGUGGUUUCCUUGGAUUUUACAGAGGCCUGAUGCCUACUAUAUUAGGAAUGGCUCCAUAUGCAGGUGUUUCAUUUUUUACUUUUGGUACCUUAAAGAGUGUUGGGCUUUCCCAUGCUCCUACCCUUCUUGGCAGACCUUCAUCAGACAACCCUAAUGUAUUAGUUUUGAAAACUCACAUAAACUUACUUUGUGGUGGUGUUGCUGGAGCAAUAGCACAGACAAUAUCCUACCCAUUUGAUGUAACUCGUCGGCGAAUGCAAUUAGGAACUGUUUUGCCAGAAUUUGAAAAGUGCCUUACCAUGCGGGAUACUAUGAAGUAUGUCUAUGGACACCAUGGAAUUCGAAAAGGAUUAUAUCGUGGUUUGUCUCUUAAUUACAUUCGCUGCAUUCCCUCUCAAGCAGUGGCUUUUACAACAUAUGAACUUAUGAAGCAGUUUUUUCACCUCAACUAAAGAAAAAAACAUGGUUUCUUUUCCUUAAUAAACUCUCAGAGAGAGAAAUAAAAUGUUACUUUAAUUGUGGGAGGAACAUUACUUGAAGAGGGGUAUUUACCCUGUCACAGGAACCACUGGUAUUUUAGUACUUGAUUUUUAGUACUUGUUUUGUUUUAGUUACAAAUCAAAUCAAAAGUGCUUACCAUACUUUUUGAUGCCAAACAUAAUUCCUUAGAACAUUAAAAAAAAUUUCUAAGCUGGUGCUGGCUAAUCAUUUAAGUUAUUUGAAACCAUUUAAAAGCGUUAUUUGGAAGUAGAACUAACUUCAAAAUGGGGUUCAGAAGGUUGCCAUUAGCUUUAUCAUGCUAUUCCAAGCUUUCAA